UAUGGUCGCGGUGGUGGUGGAGUGAGGGUGUCGCUCGCUGGCUGACUCGCGCUACUCGCGGCUCCCAUCUCCACACUUAGAAAGUGUCGAGAUUGAAAUCCCCUGACGAAAAGAGUGAGGAUUACAAUUGUGAUUUGAACGGGGGGAUUUAGACAAGGUUAAUCCAGUGGACCGUAUGAGGAAGUUAGUGGACGCUUUAUUAAAUAAAAACACAAAAAAAAUCCAAGGGGAUUUUUAUACCGAAGAUAACCUGGGAUUAAUUCUGUUUUAAGGAGAAAAACACAACAACGUGGAGUUUACCUGGAGGUUAUUCCGGGGAUCAACGCCCCCGCGGCCCGGUCCACGUCCAGGCCUCCCGGUGGAUCAGGGCCUGAUCAACGAGGCUGUUACUGCUGGCCGCACGUAAUCCAACGUACGAACCACAGCCCGGCUGAUCCGGCACCGUCUUUAGAUAUGUUGAAAAUCUCCACCAGCUGUAUCAACGGAACCAGAACCCACUCUUGAGCACACCAGAUGGGGCUGGAUUAUGUUAGAUGUUGAAGAAAUCCGUUCUUGAGGGUACCAGAUGCGGCUGGAUUUUUUAAAAGUUGCAGAAAUACGCUUUUGAAGGCACUAAAUGCGGUUGGAUCCUUUUUGAAGUUGAAGAAAUCUGUUCUUGAAGACACCAGUUCCUGCUGGAUCCUUUUACGAGCACUCUAGAUUCUGCAGAACCCACUCUUCAUGACACCAGUUGCGGCUGGAUCCUUUUACGAACACUCGAGAAUCUGCAGAACCCACUCUUCUGGACAUCACUUGUGACUGGAUCCUUUUACGGGCACUGUAACGGCUGCAGAACCCACUUCUAGAAGCCUAAGAAUCAAUUUGAGACUUCCAGGAGGCGCAGCAGCAGAAGGAGAGUCCAUAUUUUAGGAACCAGAAGGAUUAGAACCCUCUUUGAGGACAACAGAAGCAGUGUAAUGCACAGCGGAGAUCAGAAGUAAGAGGAUUAACGCUCAGGGUACCGCCAGCACUAGUAGAAUCAACCCCUAGGUUCUCAGAGGCGGUAAAACAUAUUUUGAGAGAACUGGCAAAAAAAUUAAUUUCUUUCUCAGGAAAAUAUCAGCAGCUAGUUACCCUCCAAGGACACCAGCGGUGGUACGACAAGUUUUUGAGAUCCCCCUGAUGUUGCUGCAGCAAUGUGAACUUCUGUUGUAAACACUAGUGGAACCCAGUUGACUUGUAGAACACCCUCAAAUUUUCCAAACACUCUUUUGAAAUUUCUAAGUUUAGUCAACAAAGGUUUUCAAAUCAAGUUGUGAAAUUCCUAAGCUUAUUCAAUGACACAUCAAUGUUUUAGAGUAAUGAAAGCAUAAUUUUAAGGCGCUCGUAACUCGGCUUAUUGUUAAGGUGUGGAGUACCAGGUCUCCAGUACUGAAGUGUGGCUGGUGAGGACUGAUGUUGGUGAUGGUGAUGUGAGGUUGGUCACAAACAUGGAGCCUGCUCCACCACCUACCUCGUCUCCUACACCGUUGCUGCUGCUGCUGCUGCUUCUGCUUGUCCUCUGCUGCCUCGCCCCUGAGCCUGUCUGCUGCCUACAUACUGGUCAGUGUGACGUGGCUCUGGGUAUGCAGUCUGGCGUCAUCCCUGACGAACACAUCUCCGCCUCCUCCUACUUCGACGCCGCCGUCAACGCCAUCUAUGGGAGAGCGCACGUCGAGGUGGGUGGAGGUGCCUGGUGUCCCAGGGAGAUGGUGUACCGGGAGGGGGCCCAGUACCUGGAGGUCAACCUCGGAGGCCUGCACGUGGUGACCAAGGUGGAGGUGCAAGGCAGGUUCGGCAAUGGGCAGGGAAGAGAGUUCGCUAAGCAGUACAAGUUGCAGAUGUGGCGGCCCGGCAUGGACCACUGGACCACUUACAGUGACGGUCGUGGCGAGGAGUUGCUGGAGGGGAACACCAACACAUACCUGGCGCAGACCUCUCAGUUGAGUCCACCCAUCAUAGCGGCCAGGGUGAGGUUCGUGCCUUACAGCGACCACCCUCGUACAGUGUGUAUGAGAGUGGAGAUCUACGGUUGUCGCUACACUGAGGGUCUGGUGUCGUACACGAUGCCUGACGGUGACCCCCGGGGCGGAGACUACAACCUCCGUGACCUGACCUACGAUGGGUCUCGCAAGGGAGGCUGGCUCUCUGGCGGUCUAGGUCAACUGAGUGAUGGUGAGACUGGUCACACCAACUUCCGUGUUGAUGCUCUGGGACGAGGCAGAGGGUACGAGUGGGUGGGCUGGAAGAACGACACCCGCCAGUCACAAUCCAUCGAGAUUACCUUUGAGUUCGACUCCGUCAGGAACUUCUCCGCCGUCCACAUCUACGCUAACAACUUCUUCACCAAGGACACCCAGGUGUUCUCGCGGGCGCGCGUGCUGUUCAGUGUGGGUGGAGAACAUUACCACGUGCAGCCAGCGGUGGAGUUCGAGUACGUGGUGGACCGUAUCUUCGAGCACGCGCGUAAUGUUACCAUCAGACUACACAACGCAGCCGCCAAGUUUGUGAAGCUGCAGCUCUUUUUCUCCCUCCAAUAAGGUCUCAUCCACGAAGUCCUUUUGGACUCCAUAAAGCCAUGUCAGUGUAACAUGACUGAAGAAACACCACCUUUGGCUACGACGGAGGCGAGUGAGGUGGCGAUUCCAGUGGUUCCUGCUCACACGCCGUCUUCUGGCUUCUUGGUAGGGGGACUGGUGACUCUCGGGGUUGUGUUUGGGGUAGUGCCGGUGGCGCUGUGCAUCCUCUACUACCGUGUGAGACUCACGAAAGAGACCAGCAAAACUUCUCUCUCUAAGGAAAAUGGUAUCGAUACCAGGAAGGUUUCCAUGAAAAUGAAAGACCUUCACAUCAAUAUGAACCUCUCGCAGUUGUCCAAUGGCUAUUCUCGGGCUAAGGGGAAUCUAUAUGGGCAUGUUGCAAUGGAAGAAGAAGGCGCAUCUGUGUACCAAGAGCCUUACAAAGGUCCCAUCCACAACCCAGGCUACCAUACCCUCGGCCCAGUUAUUUCCUCGUCAGACACUUCCUUCAAAUGCCCCCUACCUCUAGACACUGACGAUUCUGUAGACUAUGCAGUGCCUGGCAUGAAUGUGACUCCUCCUCCUCCAUUCUCUGAUGUACACUCUCCUCCCCCACCAGUUCCUCUCACUCGGCCACCGCUAACGAAGGUCAUAGCUCAAGAACACAGUUUAAAUGCUCCGGCACCUCCUAUACCACCACCACCCACACAACAUUACUUCAGGGCUUCUCAAGUGUGUCAAGCCAUUAACAUUCAGGGCGUUACAGGAAGUGUCAUUUAUGCUGUGGCUGAUGUUUCCGAGUUUCGAAAUGCUCAGUCAGUCCCUGAAGUUGGAAGACACAGUCUUCGUGUCCUGGAAACAAUAGGUGAGGGCACGUUCGGCACGGUUCAACUUUGUGAGGUGAAGAAUGCUUCAAGAAGUGAACCUCAGAUGCUAGUUUUGAAGAGCCUCAAUACAAUGGUUGAUAACGCUACAAAGGAAGAAUUCAUACAAGAAGCUCAACUGCUCAGCUGUAUUGAUGAUCCAAAUAUUGCGAGACUGGUAGGCAUGACCACCCGCUCUGAACCUUUGUGUAUAUUACAGGAAUACCUGGAAUAUGGCGACCUUUAUGACUUCCUACGAAGACACGACCCUGAAAACAACUCAUUGGCACAAAACGCAGUUUUCAAAGAAGGCAGCGAAUGUUCUUUUCUUACUUAUGGUGCUCUUGUUUACAUAUCUUCCCAGGUGGCGUCUGGAAUGAAGCACUUGGAAAAGCUAAAUGUUGUUCAUCGUGAUCUUGCAACCCGCAACUGUCUUGUGGGUAGAAGUCUUCAUAUUAAGGUAUCAGACUUAGGAAUGAGCCAGGCGAAGUAUCAUAGAGACUACUACCACCUUAGUGAAGAACAUGCCAUGUUGCCAAUUCGUUGGAUGGCGUGGGAGUCGAUCGUACAGGCUCGGUUCUCCACCAAGAGUGAUGUGUGGGCGUUCGGAGUGACGCUGUGGGAGAUCCUGACGAUGGCACGCCAGCAUCCCUACGAUGAGCUGAGUAACGAUGGAGUGCUGGAGAACGUUUCUCACUGCUACCAUGGUGACGGAUCUGGCAUGAUGGUGCUGCCUCAGCCUGCCCUUUGUCCCCGGGAGAUGUACGACAUGAUGACUGCUUGCUGGCGACCCAACGACCGCCAGCGUCCCCCCUUCUGGGAGAUCCACUUGUUCCUGCAGCGUAAAAACCUGGGCUACACUCUCGACUAUAUUGAGUAAACAAAUUCCCUCUCCUUGGAUGACUUUAUUCUCCUUCGCCGAGGAACUUCUCACGUUCAUCUUAUAUGUAGUUUUGAGUUACCCCAUCAACCGCCGAGAAUGACUUCAGUUAACAUUCUGGAAAUUCUCUGCUUUCUUACAAAGCAGUAUCCUAGCCUGAAGCACUAACCAGUUUCUGUGCUUUUCGGUCCCAGUUUUUCCUAGUGUUACACAACGCAUUCUUUAGACAGAUACUGUUACUUGGACAACAUUAGGAUUACCAGAAAUUGAAGGUCCGCUCACUGGCUUGUCCUUUCAGUAACUAUUUACUAACCUGUGGCGCCCAUAACCAGAUCGUUUAGAGAAAGGUCUUCGAAAAGAGCCUAAACAUACGGUUACACAUUGUCCCUUUGGCAUUGAACUGGCAAAACAUCCUCAUAGUAUCCACUUUGUACUACGGGGCAAGCGUAGUGAAUUGAAUCUGUGAAAAAAAAAGAAAAAAAACUCAUUUUCGGAGGCAAACACAAACAUUGUUGACCACAAACUGUCAUGUCGUGAGGUCUGUGAUUAAUCUGUGAUAUAUUAUAGUCAGGGAAUGGCCGCCAAACUGGUGUCCGGUGAAUUAUUUUCUGUAAAAUAGAUUUCAUGUGCUAAGUUGUCCUAUCAUGUGAAGGCGUAAACAAUCAUCAGCCCCAUUAUGAAUAAUUUUAAGCGGAAAACAUGUACAUGUCAGUUAUUUAUCAUCAAAACUAACAGUUCCAUUAACAAAGCAUUGUGGAACUGUUUUGAUGGUUUUAACGGCAGUGUAUCUUAGAGUGGUCCUAGUGGAUGUUUUCAGUGUCUCAGAAUAAAAUUUGGAAUUUGUGCCUCUUUUUUUUUUUUGCUUCAGAUAUUGUAAAUGUUUUUUUGUAAUAUAAAAGCUUGUCAGCGUGUGUUGG